UGCAUUGCACUCAUAACUCGGGCGUACAGUACAGGGUGUGGCCCUUUUCAGCGGCGAUGCCGGCUGAACUGAGCGUCGCUGCUCUGCUAUUUGGGCUUUUACAUGUUUUAUUGGCUGCCCCCGACUGUCUACAACUGAGAAAGAGAGGAGAACUUGGUCUGUUACAGUACGAAUGCUUGACUCGGUUAGGAGCCUUGUUGACGCAGUCUUCUGGAGCUGCUGAACUUUGUGCGUUGUUGGAGGAUGGCAAAUUAUGCUCACAGUUGAGCAGAUUGGAUAUUUGCAGAGAAGUCGCCGAGAACAUAGUUGGGUACGAUAGCAGGAUGCUGUCUGCUGCUGUUGACCUUGCAGUUGAAUGUCCUUCCAGUUGCCUUCCAAAUGUUGUGUCAAAGGCUAGAGGCUUGAGACUGUGUAAUCCCAUGGAAGUUGAAAUGUUACCUACUGACGACGGAGUCGAGUUCGUUCAUCUGAAAUCACCUCCAGCGAUGGUCAAUUUUUUUAUUGAGGAGACUGAUCCACCGCCACGUAUUAUCACUACUAGAGCAACAUCUUCAGCUCCUAUGACAACAGCAACUACUGUUGUUACUAUGACUUCUAGUGCACCAAUCAAAACUGCAUCAAAAUCCCCACACACCAGUAGCAAAAGCGGUGGUGUGUCCAUGAUCGGCGUUGCAGUAGGAGUUUGUGGCUUUCUCUUCAUCCUUGGGACGGCGAUGGUAGUUGUCGGAAGAGCAAUAAGACAGAGGAGAAUCAGACAGAUGCAGAAGAAGAGAGCCAAAGAACAAGAUGUCGAAGCUGACAUGGACAUGUCGGUCAUUCCAGAAGCAAUUCGACAGAAUGCAGAUUUGGUCUCUGGCGGAGUAACCGGUCCAGUACAGGUUGUCGCUUAUGUUACUGUGUCAGAGAAGUCGGAUCAUGCAAUUCCAACGGAAGAUGUUGACCGGCUUGAUCAUCUGGAGUUUGUACCUCCUCCUGCAUCGUUUGACGAACUACAAGAAGAGCUGCUAAGCGGGCAAUUUAGAACAACAGAAUUGCUUAGGGAGUCAAUCUACCUUGGAGAUCAAAAGCUUAAAGCAUACACUGGUUCGAUGCUUCAUUUGGCGGGGAUUCCUCUCAAUAGCCAUCUGUGCAGAGCGUCAUACGAAGGAUCGGAUUUUGACGUGAAGGCACUGACUGCGGAUGCAACAGAGGACGAGAAAUUCGCAUUUCUACAAGAAGCGUGGAUAUACACUCGAUUGUCGCACCCGAAUGUGGUACAGCUGGUUGGCAUAGUCACUGUCGACGAUCCGUUUCUAAUGCUAUUGGAACCGAUGGCCAAUAACACUCUAAGCCUGUAUCUACAAGAACAUGGGACGCGGUUACCAUCACGUCUUCAUCCGGCUUUUCCGCCGGGCACAAGUUCUCUCUUCGCCAUAGCCCAUGACAUUGCGUCAGCCAUGGCAUACUUGGAGUCUAAGAGUUUUAUACACGGGGCAUUAACAAGCAGCAGCACAUUUGUUAUGUAUAAUGGUGUAUGUAAAGUUAGUAAUUUCGGAGCAAGUUUAAAGCAUUACAAUCGAAAGGAAUACGAUCCUCCUUUCAAGCUAGUUGACUUAGCGGUUCGGUGGUCAGCACCAGAGGUCUUGGAGCACAGCGAGUUCUCAUCAGCUAGUGAUGUGUGGAGUUACGGCAUUAUUUUGUAUGAGCUGUGGACGUCAGGUGCUAAGCCUUACGAAUAUUGGUCAAAUAUUAAGGUAUCAGAACAAGUGAAAAAUGGUCAUCGUUUGUCGGCUCCGAAUGGCUGUCCAACGUCUGUACAUCAUGUUAUGCUCAAAUGUUGGCACAUGGAUCCGACUACUCGCCCAUCCUUCCACCAGUUGCUGUCUGUAUUACCGUGCAUAGCUACAGACGCUGCAGAGGCAAUAUCUCAUCGGUGAUGAGUGCACUGCUGUUUGUAUUUAGGCGUGGACAGUAAACUAACAAAUGUGGAUAUAGAUUUAUAUAAAGUGUGGAUAGAUGAUAUAUUGCUCGUGGUAAACCCUGGUGGUUUUGGUUAUCCAUUGCUUUCUGUACAUUACCAUUGGCAUCUCUUGUACAGAUUGUUCACAAUAUAAAAAAGAAAUCUGUUUAUUGAAAUAAGAUGAAGACUAUGUUA